AGAAAAUUCCUUGUGACAGUCCUCAACCUACUUACACCACUUUUCCUCUUCUUCAGACCGUAUUCUCCUUGUCUAAAGAACUUACUUUACUAGACAAACUCUCACACACUUUCUCUCUACCUCUCUCCUCCUCACACACGCACACCAGUCAUCAAUUCAUGAUGGACGGGCCGCCCCAGAUCGGCCCGGUCAGCGAGCCGCAGUUCCUCCCGCCGCCUCUACCGGGUUCCAUUCCUUCGGCGCCACCAGUCCUGAUUUCCGAUUACAUUUACCAGGCCGCUCUCGACCCAAAGGUGCCCAUCACCAUCGCCGCCCUCUACGCCGUGACCGCCAAGCUUCUAAACAAAUACAACAUCUCGAAUGGCAGGAAGCCAUGGGCCCUCAGCAGGACACGUCUGUUCCACGCCUUUGUCGUUGCUCACAAUAUCUUCCUAGCCGUCUACUCGGCCUGGACUUUUUACGGCAUGGUGGGCGUCAUGUACCGUAGUGUCGUCAGCCCAACCUCGUCGCAGGGCGUCAAUGGCUUCGUGGACAGCAUGACUAGGCUUCAUGGUCCUGGGGGGCUCGGCAACGCCGUCUACUACAGCCAGCAGGACGGUCGGUGGAUGUCGUACUCGAGCAGUGUCUCCCUCGCCAGUGACGGAUCCCCCAGCCGCACCGACACUGGUCGCAUUUGGAACGAGGGCCUGGCCUUCUACGGCUGGAUCUUCUACCUCAGCAAGUUCUACGAGGUCCUCGACACCUUCAUCAUCCUGGCCAAGGGCAAGCUCAGCUCCACCCUCCAGACCUAUCACCACGCCGGCGCCAUGAUGUGCAUGUGGGCUGGUAUGCGCUACAUGUCUCCGCCCAUCUGGAUGUUCGUCUUUGUGAACUCUGGUAUCCAUGCUAUGAUGUACACCUACUACACGCUGAGCGCAUUCUCCAUCCGCGUGCCCGUUGUCAUCAAGCGCACCUUGACGACCCUGCAGAUCACCCAGUUCCUGGUCGGCGCCUCCUAUGCCAUGAUUCACUCCUUCGUCAGCUACACCGUGCCCGUCACCACCACCGUUGUCAAGACCGCCACGGCUCCGGCUUCGGCUGCGGCUACGACCGCCACCGAGGCCGCUGCUGCCAGCCCUGCCCUCCUCGACAGCCUAAAGCAGCUCGUCCUUGGGGCCGCGUCUAAGGUGACUAAUGCCGCCACCACCGUCGAGGAGACGGUCAGUGUACACAAGAUCGUGCCCUGCAUCGUUACCUCGGGCCAGACCUUUGCCAUCUGGCUCAACGUCCUGUAUCUCGCCCCCCUGACCUACCUGUUCGUCAAGUUCUUCAUCACGAGCUACCUGCGCCGCGCGGGCGCCGAGUCUGCGCGCAAGGACAGGAACCGCCGCGAGAGUCAGGUUGCUGUUGCGGAGAAGGCCGGCUGGGAUGCCGCGAGGGGACUCGAGGCAGAGGUCUAUGGGACCCCCGAGAGCGAUCGCGCGGUCGCGCCGUGCCUGAAUGAUUAUCUGGUCCCGAAGACCAGUAGGACUGCAAAGCACCUGCGGAUAAAGUAAAGAGAAAGAAAAGAUCAUUUGCCACACAGGUAUUGCCAACAAUACCAAUAGCCGACAGCAGCAUCAGAAGAAAUAAAUGCGGACAGAGACUCGACAGGCUCCACCGUCCAACGUGAAGUACAUGCGAAGCACUGAGACUGGAGCAAAGACAAGAUAGCUGCGAGGGAAGAAUAGACAAGUGUGCUGAGUCAGGGUGGAUAAAAGAAAUGCUGGCAUGUGAGAGGAAGAGCCAGCGAAACUUGUUUGUUUUCUUUUGCGUGCAUAGCAUUUCUUCAUCCCCCAUCACGAUACCGAAAUAGAUUGGGGAGCAUACGGCGUUCUCGGUGCAGGUUAUCAUCAGCAGCAGCAGCAGCAGCAGCAUGGAGAGAUAUU